UCUGAGAUGACAUCAAGCCUUCUUGCAGGCCCCCCUAUUCGAUCGAAAUUUUGGCCCGCAUGAAAGGACCUCGCAACCUCGAAUACUCCUGCCCCAGUUUAAUUAACCUUGGACCAACGCGCCGCCGCUGGGAGGAAGAACGACGCGCACCACCUCCAGCAACCCCAUCACCGACAGCUACGACGACACACAUCUCGACCUGGGACGACGAGUCACCUACAGCGCAUCUGUAAAUGACGAGGCCCAAAUAGCAGAUGUUGGACGCCGGCCAUCCGCGCGAACAGACCUGAUUAGACACGACCAUCCCAAGCUCAACCACGAUCGACCAAAACUCGCCAUCAUGGCGAUUGCUCGCCCCGUGAGGGCGCUGGGGUUCACGGCCGUGGUGUUGUGGUGCUUCUUCGUAUGGCAGCUCUUCAAGCCCAUAGCAACCCCCAUGGGUCCCGGCGCCAGCAGCUUUUUGCCAAAAGAGCGAGAUCCCAACUUGGACCCUACCGGCGAGCCCGAGGGCGUUUUGACAUAUGCAUCCGAGGGAUAUGCCCCCGGCCCUGAGGGCACGGCGCGCAUCGAUGCCACCCUGCUGGCGCUCGUGCGGAACGAAGAACUGGACGGGAUGCUGCAGGCGAUGCGCGACCUCGAGAGGACAUGGAACAACAAAUUCAACUACCCGUGGACGUUUUUCAACGACGUGCCGUUCUCGGACGAGUUCAAGAAGAAGACACAAGCCGAGACCAAGGCCGAGUGCAGAUACGAACUUAUUCCCAAGGAGCACUGGGAUGUGCCGUCGUGGAUCAACAACGACUUGUUUCUAGAGUCAACCAAGAUCCUCAAGGAGCAACAGGUCCAGUAUGCCGACAAGGUGUCGUACCACCAGAUGUGCCGCUGGAACAGCGGUCUCUUCUACAAGCACCCCGCCCUGGCCAACACGCAGUACUAUUGGCGCGUCGAGCCCAACGUUCACUUUUUCUGUGACGUCGACUACGACGUCUUCCGCUAUAUGCAGGACAACAACAAGACGUAUGGCUUUACCAUCAACCUGUACGACUCGCCCGAAUCGAUCCCCACGCUGUGGCCCGAGACGGAGAAGUUCAUCGCCGAGCACCCCGAGCACAUUCACGAGAACAACGCCAUGAAGUGGCUGACGGACAAGACGCGCCGCCCGGAUCACAACGAGAAGGCUAACGGCUACUCGACCUGCCACUUCUGGAGCAACUUUGAGAUUGCCGACAUGAACUUCUGGCGGAGCAAGCCGUACGAGGACUACUUUAACCACCUCGACCGGGCCGGCGGCUUUUAUUACGAGCGUUGGGGCGAUGCCCCCGUUCACAGUAUUGCUCUCGGAUUGUUGGAGGACAAGAACCGUGUUCACUGGUUCCGCGAUAUUGGCUACCAGCACAUCCCCUUCUUCAACUGCCCCAACUCGCCCAAAUGCAAGGGCUGCGAGACCGGCCGUUUCACCGACGGAGAGGCCUGGCUGCACAGGGAGGACUGCCGGCCCAACUGGUUCAAGUUUGUCGGCAUGGGCUAAGUCAACUUAUGGGCAAAACGAGACGUUGGCUUAUCAUGUAUAUCGUUCGGUGACGCGGCAGGGUUUUGGACUACACGCAUGGGGGUUGAGGUGUUUGGCGCAGGCGGUAUGUUUAGUCUUUGGUGCGCUAGAAUAACGCCUCUGGGGUUGGCCGGUGGUUUCUAGAUGGUUG